AUGAAGACUUCCACUUUGGUGGCUGCCACCGCCGGCACCGUUUUGACCGGUCUUUUGGCCUACGCCGUGUACUUUGAUCACAAGAGACAGACCGAUCCGGAGUUCCGGAAAGCUUUGAAGAAGAACAACCGUCGGAUGGCCCGGGCUGUCAAGGAAGAGGCCGAGGCCAUCGGUGCCCAACAGCGCGAGCAGAUCAAGAAGGCCGUGCAGCAGGCCAAGGAUGAGGGUUUCCCGACUGACCUGGAGGAGAAGGAGGCCUACUUUAUGGGUCAAGUUGCCCGGGGAGAGUCUUUGUGUGCGGAGGGAUCAGACAACGUCGAAGCCGCUCUCUGCUUCUACAAGGCCCUCAAGGUCUACCCCCAGCCUAAGGACCUGAUCUCGAUAUACGACAAGACUGUUCCCAAGGACGUGUUGGAGCUUCUCGCCGAGAUGGUGGCUAUGGAUGCUGGCUUGAAGUUGGGCACUUUCACUGGCGAAGGUGGCAGCGCUGAUAGCGGCGCUGGUGUUGAUGAGUAA